GGAGAAUACCCCAGCUAUGACUCUGUCUGCACAUCAGAUUAGAGUCUGCACAGACCGCCCAGCACUAUGGGAGCUGCCCUAGCUCCUCCUCCUGCAUGAGGAGGGCUGCGUUUGUGGCUGUACCAGUAAGGUGGACAGACUCUUGAUGGAGAAGAGUGAUGCUAUGGCAGCGAUAAUGAACCAACAAGGGAGAGUCAGUCCUGGGACUGCAGCCCCAGCAGAAGGGAGAAGCUGUUCCCACCUGAGCCCCUGGGUCUUCCUUGUUUCUGCCCUUGCCGUCAAAACUGCCCUUGUGACCGUCGGCCUCGUUGUUCUCUUUCACAGAAGCUGCGGCCAGUACAAGACUCUGCCUCAGAAUGCUCCAGGGUGGCACUGCGUCCCCAAUGUAUCUGCAAGCAAAAGGUCUUCUUCCCCUACGGAGGACAGCUGGAUGUGCUGUCCAGAGGGCUGGAGAUGCUUUCAAGAAAGCUGCUAUUACUUCUCAGCUGAUCGGAUGCCCUGGGAUGAGAGCCAGCAGAACUGCAGUGGGAUGGGCUCCCACCUGGUGGUGAUCAAUACAAAAGCAGAGCAGGAUUUCCUCAAUAAGGAAAUAACACGACAGAAUACAUACCGGCGAGAAGGAAUCAAUUUACACAUCGGUCUGAGGGCACAGGAGGUGGGCCAGUGGCACUGGGCAGACCAGACUCCCUAUAAUGAAACAGCAGCGUUCUGGAGGCCUGGGGAGCCAACUAAUGCACCUGAUGAGACGUGUGUUGUAAUCCAUCACAAUACAGAACAUCUCCGGAACUGGAAUGAUGUCCCAUGCAAGACCUAUUCUUAUCGGAUUUGUGAAACUGCAGCAGUAACUAUAUGAUGGAGGAAUCCUCGUUCUGAGAUUAGCAGAGAACUGGGAACAGCAGAGGGCUGUGUUGGGAGGGGUAGGGGAGCCUUGGAGCCUUUAUCUUCCCUGUGCUGGGUGGGAUGAUGAGACUGGGAGUGAUGUUGCUCUGCAUCCAGCAUCCCCUGUGCAUAUGUAUUUCUGAAAGUACUAUGACCCCUGAAGUGGAAAGAAUCCAUGCUAGAAGAACUCUGCCUGUGCUUUCUCAGGCUGACCAUCCCAUCCCAUGGUUGGUGAAGACAGAUUUGGCAAUGGAAGCUCCAGGCAAGCAUGGCAGGUUAAGGGUCAUGUCUCGGAAAUGGGCCUAUAACUUUCUUUCAGUGCCAUUGCCUCCGUGGGACUGACAGACGAGGUUGAAAAAAGGUAGAGCUCUCCAGAAGGAAGAAGAUGCAGGAAUGCAAGAAGGAUAUUCAUUGCUACUAUUUCCUUUGUCUCCUUGAGAAGAGGUGCCUGCUUCUUGCUGGGUCAUAGAGAGUCCUGUUCAGCAUUGGUUUUGCUGAACAAAUACUGAUUUCCUGUAAACCAGAAAAUAUAAUAUUACACCGAUGAAAAA